AUGUCGACUAUUGUGAGGACGCUGCGCAAUCUCCGCCGAGUCGGCUUCAAGGAUGCCGCCCACCAGAUGCAGAACAUUGGUGAUACCAAGGCCGGAACUCUGAUCGGAGUCGACCGCUACGGAAACAAAUACUUCGAGAACCUGGAGGAAUUGCCUCUCCGAACACGGUGGAUCGACUACAAGGACGCCGAAUUCGACGCAUCCCAGAUCCAGCCUGGCUGGCACGCCUGGAUCUCCUAUCUCGUUGACGCGCCCCCGCACGCCGACAAGAUCAUGCAGUCCGGUCUCCGUCCAUGGGAGCUCGCUGAGCCCCGCCCCAACCCGACCCAGAGCCGCGCUGCAUUCAAGACUUAUUCCACCACCCGGCCCAAGAUCGCCGCCUGGACUCCCGUUGCUGCUCCGCGGUAG